AUUAAUACCUCAAAACAAAUUUCGAUACACCGCAAAAUUUUAUUCUUUUUUCCUUCCCUCCAAGCGCGAGCGCGCGGGCGGAGUCUCUCUCUCUCUCAAACACACACAGAGUCUCUCUCUCUCAUCCACAAUCCAUUUUUGUGUAUCGCAAAAUUAGUUAUGGAGGGAGGUCAACAAUACAAUCCUCGAACAGUGGAAGAAGUAUUUAGAGAUUUUAAGGGUCGAAGAGCAGCACUUAUUAAAGCUCUUACCACCGAUGUUGAAGAAUUUUAUCAACAAUGUGACCCAGAGAAAGAAAACCUUUGCCUUUAUGGAUUUCCAAGUGAACAGUGGGAAGUCAAUUUACCAGCUGAAGAAGUGCCACCGGAGCUUCCCGAGCCUGCUCUGGGAAUAAACUUCGCCCGAGAUGGCAUGCAAGAGAAGGACUGGCUCUCGUUGGUCGCUGUGCAUAGUGAUGCAUGGUUACUUUCUGUUGCAUUUUAUUUUGGUGCUAGAUUUGGGUUCGAUAGAGCUGAUAGGAGAAGAUUGUUUAAUAUGAUGAAUGAUCUUCCUACAAUUUUUGAGGUUGUGUCUGGGACAGCCAAGAAACAAUCAAAAGAAAAGUCAUCAGUGUCAAAUCACAGCAGCACCAAGUCUAAGUCAAACUCAAAGGUGGCACAACGUGGACCUGAAUCCCAGGUCAAGUAUUCAAGACCACAACCAAAAGAUGAGGAUGAAGAUGGCUUGGAAGAUGACGAGCAAGGAGAAACACUAUGUGGGGCUUGCGGCGAAAACUAUGCAUCUGACGAAUUCUGGAUCUGCUGUGACAUAUGUGAGAUAUGGUUCCAUGGGAAGUGUGUUAAAAUCACUCCUGCUAGGGCAGAACAUAUCAAGCAGUACAAGUGCCCAUCUUGCAGCAGCAACAAGAGAGCACGCCCUUGAUUGCACCUUCUUUAUUGGGGCACACUUCGUGGAAUUGGGAAUUGUUAGCUAGAUCUUUGUCCAGUACGAGAAAUGGAGAUUUUUCAAGAGGCUCUUGAAUGUCAGAUUUGUUUCUAGUUUGAGUUAUGUUGUCCUGCGUGUUGUUUAUUAUGUAGGUUGCACAUCUGAAUUAUUUCUGCAGGUUAAAGUGAUGGUUUCAAGAUUGUUGAGUCUUAAUUAGUGUCUAUGCUAUUAAUGGAAGCUGUUUUCCUUAGCAAUAUGGCAAGGAUA